UUCUCUAUUUACACCGUAUAAUAACACUUGCAAAUCCGAAAAUGGCCUUUGAUUGGGGAGUUUUGUAUGCUGUAUCAAGUAUCAUUACUCGUCGUAUAAAGUCUAAACCCUAAAACCAGUUUCUAUCGUAUUUUUCCCAGCAAAAACCUCAGACAUUUACUCCAUUGAUGACUUCAACAAUGGCGUCUAGACGAUAUCUCACCACUUUAACCCGCCAAACAUCUCUGUUCUUCUCUAAAUCCCAUUUCAAAUCCCUAGUUCCUCACCACCUUCCAUCUCUCCAACGACUUCUUCACAUUCCCUCUUCUCAAUCUCAUUCUCGUAAUUUCUCUUCCCGCAGUCAAAACCCUAAAACCCUCAAACUUAUCGAAAAUGAUGACAAUGAUCACUCGGAAGAUGAUGAUCACGACGAUGAUGAUGAAGAAUUUGAAGAAGAGGAGGAAGACUAUUCAAGUCAAGAUGAAGGAGAAAUCGUCUCAAAUGAACCAUCAAAUCUUGCUGAAAGAUCGUAUUUUUCCAAAGAUAAAAUUGAUGAAGCUGCUCAUAUUGGUUAUCAAGUAAUCGGGCCUCUUCAACCCAGUGAUCGGGUCUUUAAGCACUAUGAGUCCGUUUUUGCUGUUAUUCAGGUUGGCUCGCAUCAGUUUAAGGUGAGUAAUGGAGAUUGCCUUUAUGUGGAGAAGCUCAAGUACUGCGAGGUUAAUGAUAAGCUGACCCUAAAUAAGGUCUUGCUGGCUGGUUCAACAACUCAAACCAUGAUAGGGAGGCCUAUAUUGCCAGAUGUGGCAGUUCAUGCUGUUGUGGAGGAGCAUGCUUUAGAUGCAAAAGUGAUUAUCUUUAAAAAGAAGAGGAGAAAGAACUACCGAAGGACCAAAGGUCACCGACAGGAGCUCACUCGGUUGAGAAUAACUGACAUUCAAGGAAUUGAGAAACCAGAAACACCAUCUGUCGGGAAGACAUCAAAAACACCUGCUAAUAAAGAAGAAAAGGCAGCAGUAGCUGCAUAGACGCAUCGUGUAUUCAAUGUGACGAUUGGUCUGGUAUGUUAAUGGUUCAAGGGUUUUCUUAUGAACUAACAUGACAUUUUCAUGUCAUAUUCACUGACUUUAUGUUAUCUUGAGGGUAAUACAUUGGGGUAAUGGCAAUGUUGUUGUCUACCGAGUUUAUUUUACACAAGUCGUAUAAGCAGAAGAUUCUGGGUCUUGACCAAUUACCUGUCAGGAGAAUAGGAUUAGAUUAUAUUGAAUUUUGUAGGUGUAUAAUAUGCUCAAUGCUAAACCAUUGAAAUGAUUUGUCAAUUGUUCUCCGAUUGAAGGGAAGGUGCUAGAAUUUUGCAGAGAUUAGCUCAUUGCAUAUCUGUUUGCCUAUGCCUAAUUUGUUCAUAAAUCAUUUUUCCUCAAAUGUAAGAAUUACAUAAAAGGAUGGUUUUAGCCUCUGAAUACCAGUGAGUAAUUCCUUUCAAUUAUGAAACUUUUGUCUUAAAUCUUUUUUUUUUGAUGGGUUUUCUCUUAAAUCUUAAUAACACUUGGGGGUGUUUGAUAUGCAAUUUUGGAGUGUUGGAAACAGAUUGGAAAAACAGGGUCUGGGGAGGGCAGGAAGACGGCAACCCAUACCUAUAAAGGAGGAUGCGACAAAGACUCAAAGGUAACCACUACCCUUUAAAUACCAACGGAAACAAAUUACUAUUUGUGAAGUAUAGUGUUCAUAGUCUUUUCUCUCUCUCUCUCCUGGUCCAAAGUUUUAGCAGCCCCAACCUCCAUGACCAUCAACCCUAUCCAAUAAACCAGCAGCACUAUCACCACACUCUAUCACGCUCCACCAUCAAAUAUCCGCACAGUCGAUUGCCAAACUCAGUUGAGAACAACAUACCUUUACAUCUCGUUGUGUUUAGCUACGAUGACCGAUUCCCUUACUUAUCUCUAACCAAUCAAGUUACAAAACUAAUCCUUUUUAUUUCCAUUUCCCCAUUUUUGUGACUUCAUUCCCUUUCCAUUCCACUCUUUAUACCAAACACCUCUCAAAUAUGUUAGCAAUCUAGUCGGUACAUCUUAUUAUUAAUUCAAAAGGAGUAAUUAAAUGUAUUAUCAGUUAUUAAUCCGGUAUUUCCAUCAAAAUGUCUUUACUAUUUAGUUAGUGCAUCUUGUUAGGACUUAAUUUCAUAGUUCUUGUAUGAAAGUAAGACUUUUUUGACAUCAAUUGUGAUACAAUUGAUUGUGCAUACUUUUGAAAAUGUAACUUGCUCUAGAUCAUCAAUUAUAAAGAAAUAAAAUUAUGUAACACUUUUUUUUUUGAAUAAGUUUUCUACAUUUGUGAUCAAGGAAAAUAAUACCAUUAAAAAGCGAUAGCAUAAAUUGUUUGAUCAAGUAACAUAUUUUUUAUUUAUUCUAAUGGGUGUUAGAUUUUGCAAUAGGCAUAAUAAAGUUAGACAAUCAUCAUCUCAAGCUAUUGUUAUAUGCAGUGUGUCUGAUUUCUUUGAAGUGGGAGUUGCUGGAGCCUCCAUUACUUUUUGACCUUUUCAUCUCUUCGGGUGCCUUCCUUUUUCACAAAAGUAUUUUAUCCCCUUCCUCUCAUUUUACACUUGAUGUAAAAUUAAAGGUGUUCAAAACAAACAUGAUAAUAUGAUAUUUAUCUAACUUAUAAUCGAACCUGAUUUGAUUCGACUUUAAAAUGUA